AUGGCGGACGGUGCCCUUAACGUCUUGCUCCAUGCCGCGGGGCUCGUCCUGGUUGUUUUGGACUUUCUUGUUUGGGUCCUGACGCUGGGUCCCGUGUGGAUGCUGCAGAAGACCAUGACCGGCGUGGCGGAGUUCGCCCGACCGGUCCGCAAGGCAAAGAUCAACGGCAGCGGCCCGGACUCCGACGUGUGGCAGGCGACCCAGGCAGCCGACGCUGGGAGGCUGCUCUCCUCCCCGCAUCCGGAGGAGGGUGUGUACACAAUCUACCAGCUACUCGAUCGUUCCUUUAAGCGAUACGAGCAGAGCAAGGCGCAAGGCAUCAGGCCGCUGCUCUCAUGGAAGAAGGAGGAGGGCUACCGGUUCCCGGCCAAGGUUUUCGGCCCGACGCAGUGGAGGACCUACGGAGAGAUGGGGAAGCUGUGCAAGGAGUUUGGAGCUGGGCUCAGAGCACUUGGCUUGGAGCCCCAGCCAGAAGGCGACUUCGACAGCCUCACCGGGAAGUUCAAGAUUCUCAUGUACGAGGACACCUGCGCUGACUGGCAGAUCUGCGCGUACGGGGCUCUGACGCAGAACCUUGUGGUCGCCACCUGCUACGCGACCCUCGGCACCGAUGCUGUCAUCCACGCGGUCAACGAAGGUGCGGUGAGCGCCCUGGUCUGCAACCGAAAGGCCGCCGAGGGGCUUGCGAAGACGGCCUCCGAGAUGCCCUCCCUGGAGGCCAUCAUCUACCUAGACAACCUCUGCACGCCGGACGAGUGCAAGCAUCGGUUGACAAGCACCGGCAACGUGAAGUUGCUGUCAAUGCAGGAUGUCCUCGACAUGGGCAAGGCCAACCCGGUGGAGCCCAGCCCACCCAAGCCGGAGUCCGUGGCCGUGUUGAUGUACACCAGUGGCUCGACAGGCACACCGAAGGGUGUGGUACUGCGACACUCUCAUCUCGUCUCCUUUGCUGCGUCUUGUGUGGUUCAGUUUGGCUCUCUUAUCUAUGAAGGUGGCGAGAUGUUUAUCGGCUACCUUCCUUUGGCGCACAUUCUGGCAGUGUCUGCUGAGUUGUACUUCUACUCGACCGGAAACUGCAUCGGUUAUGCGGAUGCGAAAUCGCUGCUUGCAGGUCCCGAGAGGUGCUACCCGACGGGUGGACUCGAGGAGUUCAAGCCGACGCUCAUGGCCGGAGUGCCGAAGGUGUGGGAGACCAUCAAGAAAGGUGCUGAGGUCAAAGUGGAGAAAAGCGGACCAGUGGUGUCCUUCCUCUUCAAGCUGGCCAUGAAAGUCAAAAAGGCUGCGGUGCGACAGAAUCGCUACACACCGUUGUUCGACCUUUUGGUCUUCAAGAAGUUUAAAUCCAUGCUUGGCGGAAGUAUGAAGUUCACGUUGUCGGGCGGCGGCGCCAUCUCCGGAGAAGUUCAGGAGUGGGUGCGGGCGGCCUUCUCGUGUCCUCUGGUGCAAGGGUAUGGUCUUACGGAGACUUGCGGAGGGUCGACGAUCCAGAAUCCGUUGGACCCCAGCAUCGGGGCCGUUGGAACUCCGCUCGCGUCUGUGGAGAUCACCCUGCACUCGGAGCCAGAGCUCACUGACUCUGCCGGCAAGCCUUAUCUGUGCACAGAUGAGGACCACUUCGGGGAGGCGUGCUGUGGCCGGGGGGAGAUCUGGAUCAAGGGCUUGUCUGUCGGUUCGGGCUAUUACAAGCUUCCGGACAAGACUGCCGAAGACUUUGACAAGGAUGGCUGGUUCCACACCGGUGACAUUGGAUUGAUCACCCCAGCAGGUCGAGUAAAGAUCAUUGACCGAAAGAAGAACCUCGUGAAGCUGAAGGGAGGUGAAUACGUUGCUUUGGAGAUGAUCAACGUGACGUACAACAACGCGGACAUCAUCAACGCAGAUGCUGGAGGAGUGUGCUCCUUUGCAAGCCAUGAGAUCGAUCGCCCUGUACUGCUUGCUCAGUGCAAGCGGAAGGAGCUGCUGGAGCUGGCAGCCAAGAGCGGGGUAACAGGUAAAGACGGCGAAGAACUCUGCAGAGAUCCGAAGGUGAUGGCUGCAGUGAAAGCCACCCUGGACGCUGCAGCCAAGGCCGGGAAGCUCCCGUCCCUGAUGCACGCCACGGCCGUGAUGCCCGUCUUGGAGCCCUGGACGCCAGACAACGGCUGCCUGACGGCGACCUCAAAGCUUGUGCCAAAGACCAUCUACAACGUUCACGCGAAGGACCUCGACAUCUUGAAGCCGCGCGCUCCUCACGGCAUCUCUUGUUAA